CCCUUCCCAAACUACCUCGGAAGCCCACGAAAAUUCAGUCUCUGAAACAGUUUUGGGAGCAAGGAAGCUUUCAUGAAGCUCUUCGGUCACUGGGCAGCUUCUUCGCAGACCAAACUUCUUCGCUCCAGUUUUGUCUCGACGAGGUUUAUUCACCCCUUCUUAAACUUUGUGCGGCCAAGAGAUGUUUAUUCCAAGGGAAACAAAUCCAUGCCCACAUGAUAAAAUCUUGUGACGUUUCUGAUUCCGUGUUUCUGAAUACUAUGCUCUUGUUUAUGUACGGAAAGUGUGGGUCUAUUGAGAAUGCAGAGAAGGUGUUCGAUAAAAUGCGUGAAAGAACGAUUUUCACUUGGAAUGCGAUGCUUGGGGCGUGUGUUUCAAAUGGGGAGGCUUUAGGAGCUCUUGAGCUGUAUAGAGAAAUGAGGGUCUUGGGAGUUCCUCUUGAUUCGUGUACGUUUCCUUGUGUAUUGAAAGCAUGUGGUGUGGUUUACAAUCUCUGUUGCGGCAUGGAAAUUCAUGGUUUCGCUAUCAAGUACGGGUUUGAUUCUGUGACUUUUGUUGUCAACUCUUUGGUUUCCAUGUAUGCAAAGUGCGGUGAUCUUAACGGGGCUAGAAAACUGUUUGAUCUUAUAAGUAAAAGGGACGAUAUUGUGUCAUGGAAUUCUAUCAUUUUUGCGUGUUCCUCAAAUGGCCAGGCCGUGGAGGCCUUGGAAUAUUUUAGAGAAAUGCAGAAGUUGAAUGUUUCAACGAACACUUAUACUUUUGUCUCUGCUCUUCAAGCCUGUGAGGAUCCCGUUUCCAUGAAGUCAGGCAGGGAGAUCCAUGCUUCGAUCUUGAAAUCAAGUCACUGUUAUGAUAUUUACGUGGGAAAUGCUUUGCUUGCUAUGUACGUAAGAUAUGGUAAAAUGGUUGACGCCGUGAAAGUUUUUAACGACUUGGAGGUCAAGGAUAAUGUCUCAUAUAACACUAUGUUGUCUGGUUUUGUCCAAAAUGGUUUGUACAAUGAAGCUAUUGAAUUGUUCCAUAACAUGCAGAACACGGGUAAAAAACCAGACAAAGUUUCAGUUUUAAAUAUUAUUGCAGCAUCUGGCCGAUUAGGAAACGUAUUGAACGGAAAGGAAAGUCAUGCUUAUGCAGUGAAACAAGGAUUAGAUUCCAAUAUACAAAUUGGAAACACACUGAUAGAUAUGUAUGCUAGGUGUUCUUGUGUGAACUUCAUGGACCGUGCUUUCGACAGGAUGGCUAUUAAGGAUUUCAUUUCAUGGACGACAAUUAUUGCUGGCUUUGCACAGAACAAUUUACAUACGAAGGCCUUGGAUUUGUGCCGAAAGGCGCAGAUAAAAGGGGUGGAUGUUGACCCAAUGAUGAUUGAAAGCGUCUUGCUGGCCUGUAAAGGGUUGAAAUGCAUUUACUUGGUAAAAGAAGUCCAUGGUUACAUUAUAAGAAGAGGUUUAUAUGAUCUGUUGCUUCAAAAUGCUAUUGUCAACGUAUAUGGAGAGUGCAGGUACAUAGAAUAUGCAAAUCGAAUGUUUGAACUGAUUGAAUCGAAAGAUAUUGUGUCUUGGACGAGCGUGCUGUCUUGUUAUGUCCACAAUGGUCUUGCAAAUGAGGCAUUUGAACUUUUAGACCUGAUGAAAGAAUCUAAUGUGGAACCCGACGCUAUAGCACUCGUUUGCAUACUUUCAGCCGCUGCUACUUUAUCUGCCUUGAGUAAAGGAAAGGAAAUCCAUGGCUUUCUAAUCAGAAAGGGAUUUGUCUUGGAGGGAUCUGUUGCUCACGCUUUAGUGGAGAUGUAUGCCAGCUGUGGGAAUUUGGAGUAUGCGUUUAAGGUAUAUAACCGUGUUUCGAACAGAGAUCUAGUUCUGUGGACUACCAUGAUAAAUGCGUAUGGAAUGUAUGGUCAUGGCAAGAAAGCUAUUGAUUUAUUCAGUAGUAUGGAGGGUGAAGGAUUAGUCCCUGAUCAUGUCACUUUUUUAGCAAUUCUACACGCGUGCAGUCAUUCGGGUUUGAUCGACGAAGGUAAAAGAUUUUUCGAUAUCAUGAGAAGGAAAUAUCAAUUAGAGCCCUGGCCAGAGCAUUAUGCCUGUUUUGUUGAUCUUCUCGGCCGUGGCAAUCGCAUGGAAGAGGCAUACCAAUUUGUGAAUGGCAUGCAAGGUGAGCCUACUGCUGAAGUAUGGUGUGCUCUCCUCGGGGCUUGCAGGAUACACUCUAAUAAAGAAUUGGGAGAAAUUGCUUCAAGGAAGCUUCUAGAGUUGGAGCCAGAGAAUCCGGGAAAUUAUGUGUUGAUAUCUAACGUACUUGCAGCUAGUGGAAGAUGGAAAGAAGUACAAGAAGUGAGAACGAGAAUGAAGGGAAGUGGAUUGAAGAAAAAUCCUGGAUGUAGUUGGAUUGAAAUUGGAAACAAAGUCCAUGCAUUCAUGGCCAGAGAUAAAUCUCAUCCUCAGUCUCUAAAGAUAUACCAAAAAUUAGCUCAAGUUACUGAGAGAUUGGAAAGGGAAGGUGGGUAUGUGGCUGAAACCAAAUUGGUUUUGCACAAUGUAGAGGAAGAAGAAAAAAUUGAGAUGCUUCAUGGGCAUAGUGAAAGGCUGGCUAUUGCAUAUGGCCUGCUUGAAACUUCUGAUGGAGCCCCUAUUAGAAUCACAAAGAAUCUUCGUGUUUGUGGUGAUUGUCAUACUUUUUGUAAACUUGUCUCAAAAUGCUUUGAACGACAACUUGUAGUGAGGGAUGCAAAUAGAUUUCAUUACUUCAAGAAUGGACUCUGUUCUUGUGGUGAUUUUUGGUGACAGUUGAUGAAGAAUUUGACGUGUAUGAUGAUUGUGAUAGAAUGGAUAUCAAACAGAAUAUCACUGGACUAUUGUGGCAGCCAUUGAAGCUAAGAGAAUUGUUGAGGUUGAUUAUACUAGCAACCAUUGUAAAUUCACCAUUCAGAAAAAGA